AGAAUAUCUUUGCUCUCACAAAGCCAUGGCUCGCACCAAGCAGACGGCUCGUAAGUCCACGGGCGGCAAGGCUCCACGCAAUCAGCUCGCCACAAAGGCAGCCCGAAAGAGCGCUCCGGCCACGGGCGGCGUCAAGAAGCCUCACCGCUACAGGCCCGGCACCGUCGCUCUGCGCGAGAUCCGCCGCUACCAGAAGUCCACCGAGUUGCUCAUCCGCAAACUGCCCUUCCAGCGCCUCAUCAGGGAGAUCGCGCAGGACUUCAAGACCGACCUGCGCUUCCAGAGCUCCGCUGUCAUGGCUCUGCAGGAGGCCAGCGAAGCGUACCUUGUUGCGCUCUUCGAGGACACCAACCUGUGCGCCAUCCACGCCAAGCGCGUCACCAUCAUGCCCAAGAACAUUCAGCUCGCCCGCCGUAUUCGUGGCGAGCGCGCUUGAUCGCCCAGCUCGGCCCUCAAAGCACAACAUAAAGGCUCUUUUCAGAGCCACCACUUUCGCAUGAAAAAGCUAACUUGUGUGUCCUUUAAAGUCCGCAUGCCUGUUACGGCGACCUUCGUUUGCCAGUCACGGCAAUCAUGAGUUGCAAGGCUUAAGCGACCAAGUUCAUUUUCUAUACCCCUCUGCUCAUAUUUUGCAAUAUCACAAGUCCGUGUUGUAUUUAAGCGUUGUGAAACCAUGUCUACAUAAUGUACAGUAAACGGCUGAUUUCGGUGAAAUACAUGAACUAAUAAACGCUGUUUAAAACUCAA